AUGUCUCUCGCCCUUUGCUUACGGGCUCACACAUCCUCCUAUAAGCCCUACAGUUAUCCAAGGCUACCGCUUCGCUUGAGACUACGCAUCCGCCCCAGCCACCUUCGCCGUCGUGCUAUGUCUAUCAGCCUCACGCCUGCACUACCAAACUAUGAUACCUUUCUCACCACUGGGCGAUAUAUUCCAACCCUCCAAGGGCUCGCCGACUAUCUAGUAUCACACUGCAAAGUCGAUGGAUACAUCAACUUGUCUAGAGCACAUGGUGCGGGUACUACCGACACGAUCACGUUCUUGUACGAUCAAGGCCAGUGCUGGGCCACCGGUCAUUUUGUCGGGAACGGGGAGAAGGACGGCGAGUGGAGGACUCGAACACUGUUUAAGCGCCGAGAGCGUACCGCGGUUGACUAUAUUUCUUCUCUCCUGAAGGAAAUCGCGAACGAGGGACACCUUUUCGUCGCUGUCAACUGCAAAACCUAUAUUGAGCUUCGGCCAACUGAUGAGCUCGGGAACCCACUAUCCUGCUUACGGCGUGUAGGCGCAUGUACCGAGAAGCGAGCCGCAUUUGUAGGGGAAGCCCAAGUAUUACGGUCAAUGGGUGCACGAGUACCACCCGGAGUCCCAGAAGGCGACUUGGCCAUCGUACAAUUAGACCCGGCAUCGCUGCUCAAGUGGAGAGGUGUAGAAGAAUCAAAGCUAUGUUGGUAA